GUACGUCGCAAACACUUGACAUUGCGACCGUCCAUUGCUCAUCACCGACGAGGGGAUCCAGGACACGAUUUGCGCGCACGCUCGUUUGCGCCUUCUCUGGAAUCGUGUCGUCAUUGUUGAUCCGCUCGAGCCCCCCCUCGUGCAUCAGCAUCGACGACAAUUUGACGCCGCUUCGAUCUCGCGUGUGCGCGCGCCCAUGAGAGGAGCGGUGCCGGGAUAGACGAGGGCGUCGCAAUGGGUGAAGGACAAACCCCUGCCGUUGCUGGCACUUCCGACCCCGCCUUGUCCCCUGCCACCUCAAAAGGACGUCUUGUCUCCGAUGCGGACUCAGACACCUCGCGCCUCUCCUCUUCGACCAUCGUUCCCCAGCACGGGAAUUCGUCCCACAGCAGCCACAUGUCGCAGCAGCGACAGGAAGGGAAGGGAUUUUUCCUCGAAGAUGUCUCCAGCGAUCUCUAUCCAGGCCAGAAAGAGGACGAGCAGCUGCCGCAGCAGCUACACACGGGACUCACCGCCACAGAGGCUGAGCGCAGCGAGGAUAUUCACGAGAGAUCGCUAUCCAUUCGAUCGCUUGCCUCUAAUGGCACCACCGCAAUGACAUCGGCCACCUCAUCGUCCUCAGAUGCGCAUUCAGCCGGCCAUGGCAGUCUCUUCACCUCACAGGGUCGUGCUGCAACCAGGGGCGCGGGCCCACGCGAUGAGUCGGGCACGCGAGGCGCUUCAGGUGAAGACGACGGGGCCAGUCUUGGGAGGAGCGGAAGCUGGGCGAGCACGACACCAACAAGUCCAGGAGACAUGGAUGUGACAUCCUCAAGUCUAUUUGCACAGCCGGCGUCAGCUUCAUCUUUGUCCUCUCAGCAUCAUCGCAACGCAAUGGGCAACAAGAGCGCGAACGCAUUGCUCGACGAGACCGCUGUUUAUUCGACCACCUCCGCCAACAUGUUCGACUCGCUGGGCGGCAAUUACUCAAUCGGGCAUGGGAGCCAGUCAUCACACGGCCACGCACCUGCUCUGCCCCCUCUGAUGCUUUCCAACGUCCCCAUCGCACCCUCUCGAGGGCAGUCGUUGGACGGAAGAAAGGGAGUCUCGAGAGCACAGCGAGAACGGUCGACGACGACGACAACGGACAACCGGUAUCUCAAAGGUGCUGUGGGCGUCGAGAGCAGCAGGAAUGAGGCUCAGUCGCGCACAGCCUCGGAUUUGGGUCGCCGACGAGGUGGUCCUUCGCUGAGCAAGAGUUUCGUCGAUGUCACCACGCUCGCUCGGUCGCUCACUGUUGAUGACCAGGCUCAUCAUCGAAGGAACAAACCAUUGCCGAUCCCUGCAGAGCUUCUGCAAAGAGAAGGUGGCGCCAGUGGAUCAGUCAAGACGACGCAGAGCAAUCAGCUGCCCCGUGUCAGUGUCAGCCCGGCGGCGGCAUCAUCAGCUGAGGACGAAGCGUCAAGAGAAAGGGAAAAACCAGGUCUGCGAUCUUACCUGUCGCGGUCAAGUCAUCUCUUCAAAUCAAGUAUGGCAAGGUCAUCAGAGGCGUCGACGUCUCCCGUCAUUUUGAGCUCUCCCACGUCUUCCUCCUCCUCUUCCUCCUCCUCCACCGUAUCCGUCGCCUCUUCGCGAAACGAAGGAAACGUCAAUGGGCGCUCGCCCAGCCACUCGGAGACGCAUCUCUCGGUCUCGUCCGCAGCCGAAAGAGGCAGGAGAUCGAGAGAACCCUCGGCGCCGUCACAAAUGCGAUCAAUGCACGAGUCUUCCGAAUCGGUAGGCACCAGCCUGCCAACAAGGUCAUACUCGUCCUUUAGCUUCAGGAGACCCGCCGCAAGAAAAUCGACCGCUUGGCUUACCGCGGACGCUGUCGACGGUGGGAGCGCAAGCGGAAAGAGCAGCAAUAGCAGCAGUAGCAGCAGCAACAGGAGAGACAAGGCAGGCGAUUCAAACCUCGACCGUGGAUCUUCGACUUCAUCUCGAAGCACUCAGGGAGGCAGCACCAUGAACACGACUAUCAGCACAAGCAGCACGGCCAGCAACGUCCAGCAAGACAAACCUAGCCCCUCAGUUCUGUCCUCUGGCGGCCCCGCGCUUGUCUGCAAAGAGGCCAAGGAAGGACUCGAGAAGAAGAGCAGCACUUCAAGGCCUCGCUUUUCCAAGCGAUUUUCGUUCUACGAAGCCUCCGCCUGGACAAAGGGCAAGCAACGUGAGGUCCGGGACCCGUUGCCCGCUCCGCUAAUGGUCAAGAAGCCUGAGACGAAAGCGGCAACAGCGCAUGAAGUACCCCAAAGCGCAGAGAUGGUGCGAGGCCGAAGCAGGAGUAUCGAGGUACUCGAGAUACCAGGCGAAGAGCCUGAAGCAGACGUCAGUCCGUCAUCCGUACUAGUUGAGGUUGGAUCCCCAGACAUCCGGUCAAUACCGACACCGUCGAGCCAGGCCUCCCGAGACCCAAGACCUUCACGACUCUUGUCGCAGAGGAAAGUUGAACAAAAGGACACGACUUUUCCAGAAGCUCCUCCACUGUCGGAAGAAGUUUGGUCUGCUCGGGAAGGGACCUUGGCAAGAUUGACAUCGUCACUCAAAAGGCGGCCGAGCAGCGUGGCCUCCAGCAAUGGUGCCAAAGCAGGCGGUGGCGGCCAAGUAGGGACGAGGACUUCUGCGGGGAAGGCUGGACACAGUCGAACUGGCUCGCUUGCAAGCGACUUGGCAAUGACGGCAGCAUCGCAGCAAAAGCAGAGGGGGUCAAUCGGUAUGAACUCUUCUUCGGGCUCAAACAGCGCUUACGCAAGUGCCGAGUCAAGCUUGUCGCACAUGACGGGCGCCAAAGCGGCACACGCUCUUAAGAAGUCGGCGGAUCCUGCCGUGGAUGCGGCGUGGUGGGGCACAUCUCAGACAGUUCCUAAAGGCAAAGAAGAUGGUGGCGAGAUGCCCAUUUCGCACUUCCGUGCGGCUCAGCUAGCACUUGAGAUUAACGAGGGAAUAGCUGGUAUCGGCCAGUUGGCGAUGACGGCUAAUGAAGAUCUCGACGAAGAGGACUCGCCCGCCAGUCCCGCCUCCGUUACAGACAACAACCCUGCUUUGGAGAACUUGUCGAUGGAGACAACUGUACCAUCUUUUGAUCAGUCUCCAGAGGCAAAAGCGCUCGAGGCCGUCGUACCGCCUGCCGCAACUUCGAGUACUCGUCGGUACUCUCACAGAAAGUCUUUAAGCUUUGGUCGGAUCCUGGAUCCUAUUCGAGUGAAAUCCCGGCCUUCUUCUGCCAUGGGUCAUCACGGCAAGGAAGGCAGUAACGACGACGAUGGGAGACGGCCUUCAAAUGCCCACUCCGUCACUCCAUCGCGUCGUUCAUCAAUCGAGUUGGAAAGCGUCUUUAAUCACCUAGCCCCCUCUUCGUCGGCUGCCCAGGGACCAGUAUCUACCAGCCGCAGCGGCCCGCUUGCAAGUGCGAAAAAUCUGACUCGACCUCCUUCUCCCCGAAAGCCGCAAAAGCCUCCGCCGGUGUCGUACAGGAGCCCAGGGCAAGGCAAGGUGCAGCAGCGCUCUGCAAAGCCUUCCGUUGAUGCAGCGUCAGUUACGACAGCCGAUGAGCGUCAUCGCAACGGGUCUUUGUCGACUGUAUCGACGGCGACGACGGUAAAAGCCCCUGACUCGACUCCCACGAAGCGCAGCAGCAGCGUGUCUGGGCCUUCUUCAAACUUUAGUCGUGGCCAUCGCAGAAACUCGUCAACUGUCUCGAUGGCCUCUAGUGUUGCCAUCUCUGAUAGCGAGGGUGACCCACUUCCUCCGCCCCGAGUAUCUUCAAGGCAAGGUCACAGGACGAAAAGCGAAGUGCGGCUCGAGAAGGUCCCGUUGCCAACCCAGGCGCCCCCACCGCGCAAAAGAGCCAUGAGCAGACCUUCACUCUCGAUUGACACCAACAUGGACUUGGAGCAAGGACUAGUAAAACGCCCUUCGUCUGCCCUUGGUAUGCGGAGCGACCUGGAAAGAGGGGGCCGACUCAGGCAUGGAGCCACGGGCACAGAGCCGAGAUCUGACGCUGUUUCCGCACCAAGACGAGGCCAGCCAACGUUGAGCAUCGCUGAUGACGUGGAGUUUCUGCAGGCCCUGGAGCAUGUUCGUCGAGCUCAUCAGGAGCGAAUUGCUAAGCAGACAGCAGAGGCCACGCGCGUGGAGCAGAUGGCCAGGCUUGGGAUGGCUUCAGGGAACAGGAGGGCAAACAAGUCUUCAGUAGGCGGAAUUGGAUACCCUAGCGCGGCGUCCAGCGGGGCCACUACGAUCUAUGGCGACAAGUCUGGCCGCGCUCGACUCGCUUCUCAGGGCUUGGGGACCUGGGUCAAGGCUGAGCAAAAGCCGCCAGGACCCUCGUCACCUCGAAGACAAAGAGCCCAUCAGCGCUCAUCGAGCGCAGACGGCCGGCUCGAUGGACCAAGCGCACUGCAAGUAAGGAGAACGAUGCACGGUGAGCGCGACCCUUAUGAGAGAGGGCCUUGGCACGGUGAUGCGAGCGCAGGGGUCGGUGUAAACGGCGAAGAUGCUCCGUCUGCGCUGCAGCUGGGCGUGGGAAGGGCCAGCGGCAAACUCAAAGACGGACCAUUCAUCAACGACGAUGAUUGGAAGAAAGAGGUUAAGGCGCUCUUCGUCAUCCGAGAGCUUGUUUUGACGGAGAGAAGCUACGCGAGGCACCUCGAAGCCCUUCUCCAGGCCAUUCGCGCCCUGCCAUGCUAUAAUUCCGGCUCUUCGGCCUUGACGAAUGCGCCCAGGCGGAGGUCGACGUCGGCUCUAAAGCCGAAUGGAGCCUCCGUCUUUUCGCAUGGCAGCAACAGCAGCGGCAGUAGCUCCAACAACAGCGUAAAGGGCUCCGCAGGACCCGCCCCGCUACACAUACAGAUGAUGCGGAACCUUCUGCCUCAGCUCAUCACACUCAGUCGUACACUGGCCAAUCGCAUUGACGAGGAUCCGACGGCGGCAGGCGUGGGUGCGGCUUUUCGACUGGUGGGGGUCCAGAUGGAGGCGACCUUUGUUGCUUGGUCGGCCGUUGCUCGAGAAAUCAUGGACGAAUUGCGAAAGACGGAAGGCGUCAAGUCAAAGUCGAUCCACAAGAUUGGCCUCAUCAGCCUGAUCAACAAUCCAGUUGAAGAAGGAGCAGACGAGCCCACCAAAAUUGGCAUCAAAUCGGUGCCGACGUCUCCAACCAAGGCGUAUGCCUCCAUGCAUCCAACUCCGUCACCACCUCCGCCGGUGCCAGCUCCACCAUUGGAAAUUGGUGUCCUUGUCAAUUCGUCGGUGGAGGAGAGAGAGACAAUGAAAGCUGCUGCCUCUUCGAGCAUUGGGAAAAGAGCCUCGACCAUCGUAGCCAAGCGCAGGAGCACCUUCUCGGCGACGCCGCCUAGCUUUUUGAGGCCCGACAUGGCUAGAGAGAUGUCUCCUCAGAAAGGCAGCGCUACGCCUUCUUCUUCGACCUCAACCUCGUCAUCACCCUAUACCAGUAGUCCCCUCUGCGAGUCGCCAAAAGCACUAAAGAAGCAGCACUUUGUCGAGACGGACUUUAUGCCAACUCCCACGAGCUCGGCAGGUGCCGCGAGCAAAACCUACAGCGGUGGACUCCCGCUGCAGCAGCAGCAGCACUCGUCUUCAGCGAGCACCAGCCUGGGACGAAGAGCGAUUGGUGCAGUCGUAUCCUCUUCGACUCGGUCGCCGCUUCCCUCGAUGCUUCCGCCUACCAUCAAGUCAAAGUCGUUCCUGAGCGCAAGUAGCAGCAGCCGGGCAAACUCGCCUGCAUCAUCCUCCGGCAAACAGCAUUCGCCGCAAAUGCAACAACCUCAGACGACGACGACGACGUUGAAAAAGCUUGGUCCCCUCGAUGUGGCCAUCAUGCCGACCCAACGCAUCCCGCGAUACCUCUUACUGUUGAAAGACCUAAUCUCCAACACACCGCCGCAGAGCUUGAGUCAUGUCAGGAUCCAGAGGAGCCUCGACACGGUCAGGAAGGUCGCGGCGCUCUGCGACUCGGCAAGCAAAGGUGUUGGUGGUCCUACAACGAGGAGCGGUAGCACCUGGAGGUAGCCUCCUCGAUCAGGUCACACUCUCGCAUUUUUUAGUCACCCCUUUCUCUCCACGGCGAGGCUCAAAACUUGAUACCCCUCACAUCAAAAAAUGCUCUGUGUCAUCGCUCUUGUGUCUUCUAAUCAAAUUGCCAGUAAUUUGUUCAUCAAGACUAA